AUGGUAAGUUUUUUUUAUGAAAUAAAAUUUUAUCUCAAAAAAAAAAUAUCUGAAACUUCAAGAUUGGAUGGACACAUUUAUGUGUGACAACUUUGAUUCGACGAAAAUAUGGUGAAGAAGUUUUGGCUGAAAUUCUACGAAAAGCUGGAUUCGCUGAAGACAAUACAUUUGAGAUUGGCACAUAUUAUGAUGACACAGAGACUAUGCGAAUUUUCCGAGUUGCUGCAACUGUUUUGGGUUUGUCGGUGGAUGAUAUGUGGGAAAUGUAUGGAGAGUUUUUGAUAACUUAUGCUUGUGAGACUGGAUGGCAGAAAAUGUUGUUUGCAAUGGCUAACAAUUUACAGGUUCGUUGUUUUUUUUGGAAUCAAAUAUUUUAAAGAAAUUUUUGAUAAUCUCCUCUUGAAAAUUUGAACUGUGAUUUUGUCGGAAAACUCUAGUAACAGUUUAAAAAUUAUUUCUUUAAAUUUUUCUGUAAAAUCAAAAUUUACGGGACUAGAGUUACUGUAGCUCCACUGUUUGUUCCAGGAAUUCCUCGACAAUCUCAACAGCAUGCAUUAUUUCAUCGAUCAAAUCGCGUUCAAAUCUGAAAUGAAAGGUCCAACUUUUCAAUGUGAACCAUUUGGUGAAUCAGGUCUCAAGCUCCAUUAUUUUUCAUUUCGUCAAGGACUUUUUCCGAUUGUUAAAGGAUUGGUUAGAAAAACUGCUAGAAUUCUUUUCGAGAUGGAUGUUAAGGUAACAUUUCCCUUCGAAAAUGAUAACAUUUAAAAUUAUCAAGUUAAUUGUAGGUUCAAGUUCUUGAAAGAAAUCAAGAGCGUCGAAAAAGUGGAAUGGUUGAACAUGUGAUAUUUUCGGUUGAACCAGAUGAUAAUCAUAAAAAAGGCAAACGUUUGGCGCAUAAAUUUCGAAAUCUCAAAAAUUUGGACAAUGUUCAAGUUCAUGAUAUUUCUGAUCCAAUGCCGAUUAGUCUUCGAGACUUUAAGAAUAUAUUUCCAUAUCACGUGUGUUUUAACAAACAAAUGGUCAUCGAACAUUUAGGUAAGUAAGAGGAAAAGGAAAAGAAUUGAUAAAUUAUUCAUUUGAUAACUUGCGUCAAUGUGUGUGUGUGUGGGGUGAAUAAAUAUCUAUCUAGAUAUCUAACGAUAACAUUGUUUUUUUCUAGGAAUUUAUCUUCUUCGAGAAUAUGGAUUGGAAAACAAAAAAACAUUGAAAGUUAGCGAUUUAUUACAAUUGAUUCAGCCGAGUGAUAUUCAAUUAACUUACAAAAAUGUGUUGAGUUAUCUCAAUACUUUGUUCAUUUUUCAAGUGAAAUUGGAUAGUAAAAGAAGUACAAAUAAUGAAUCGAGCAGUUUGCAAGCACCAUUAGUUUUGAAGGGAGAAAUGAUGCCAUUAAAGGAUGGAAAUUCGAUUAUUUUUAUUUGUUCGCCGCAUGUUACAACGGUAUGAAAGAGGGAAAAUGAAACAGGCCUGACAAAAAUAGAGUGAGGCCAACUUCAGGCUUGUAGAUAUUGCAGUUAGGCUGAUCCACACAAUUCAAAAUUCCUAAUAUCAAGAUCAACAGUUUGUUGUUUUCAGGUUCGAGAUAUUCUUGAUCACAAAUUAUUCAUCUCGGAUAUGCCGAUGCAUGAUGCCACAAGAGAUCUUGUUAUGUUAAAUCAAUCCAGAAUCUGCCAAAUGGAAUUGAAGUGAGCCAGCUUUUUCUGAACAAAAUAUUUUCAAAAAAAUUUAUAGCAAAAAACUGGAGGAAACUGUGAAAAAGAUGAAGGGAAUGACUGAUGAAUUGGAGACAAAGAAAAAACAAACUGAUCGAUUGUUGUUCGAAUUUGUACCUCCAAUAAUUGCAGAAGCAUUGAGAGCAUCGAAACCUGUGCCAGCACGUAAGUAUCUUCUAAUCUAAAUAUACCCUGGACCUCAUACAAAACUUUUUUCAGAAGAAUUUUCGGAUUGUUCUGUUAUCUUCACUGAUAUCCCAGAUUUCUUCACAAUUUCUGUCAAUUGUUCACCAACCCAAAUCAUCGAUGUUGUCACUGAUCUUUUCCAUCGUUUUGAUCGAAUUAUUGAAAAACACAAAGGCUACAAAGUAUUAUCAUUAAUGGAUUCUUACCUAAUUGUUGGCGGUGUUCCAAAUGCAAAUCAAUAUCACUGUGAAGAUAGUCUCAAUCUUGCAUUGGGUCUUUUAUAUGAGGCAAAACAAGUAAAAGUUCCAAAAUUGGAACAAUUUGUUCGUCUUCGAAUUGGUGUACAUUGUGGUCCAGUUGUUGCUGGAAUUGUUAGUCAACAGAAACCAAGAUUUUGUGUUUUGGGAAACACUGUGAAUAUUACAAAGGCUUUAUGUUCACAAAGUCAACCAGGAAAAGCAUUAGUUAGUAAUGCAGUUAGAACGUGAGUUUGAAAAAACAGGAGAUUAUUCGAUUUGCUUUUUAAUGUAAGUCUAGAAUGGUUUUUGGAUUUCUAGGCCACGGACUACUGUAAAAUUACAAUUUUUGCAGAAUGACGACAAAACAUCUGAAAAGCAUAUUUGUGUUCACAUCAAAUGGUUAUACCGAUUUACCAAGUGGAAAAGUUCUCACACACUUUUUGGACAAAAACGAGAAAAUGAGUAUUUACGAUAUUGUGGAACGUGAGAAAAGUUAGUUAAUAAACAAACAAGCUUAAGCUUCAAAGUAAUACAAUUUUCUUUUUUUCUAGCAUCAGCAGAAAGUAUUGAUGGAUAUCGUGAACUUCAUUCCGAUGAUGGACACGAAGAAUGGAAUGAGGCAACUGUUUCAGCAUAUCGUGUUAUGUCUGUUGUCGAAGCACUUGAUACAACAAAACCAAGUCGAACUAAAAAAGCGCUUCGACGUCUGCAAUCAGUCAAAAAACGUUUUCGAACUGCGCAAAGUAAUGAUAGCGGUGUUUCAAUGAGUGAACCGGCUGAAGCCGAAUCAACUGUAUGCUCGAUUUGUUGA